UGUCAUUAGCACUCCCUUUAAGUUGGACUCACUCUGUGUACUCCUUGUCCGUUGUUAUUGUUAGUUUAAACGUGUAUUGGUUGUAUGUCAGCUCCUUGGUUCAGUAAAAUACCCUGUUUUGUAGAAGUCCGUGUAUUGCCUCAUCUCUACUACACCAGCACGAUAACAGAACAACGGACCUAACCAUUGGACUUCCACAGCUAAAGAUGGGUAUUCUCCUCGUUCCUGUGCCCUCAAGAAGCCACCAGCAAAAGCUCUCAGCGGAGGAUCAUCUCAAGGCUCUCAGGCAGGACGGCCGCCUGCUGGAGAAGUAUGUGGAGGAGGUUCAUAUGAAAUUGUAUUCUCCUCGUCCAGUCCUCUCAGAAAUACAGGCGGCCUGGCCAGUUCACCAGCCGACGAAUUCCUCCACCUACCGCUCCAGUGGGCAUUCCCAAAUUGCCCUGUCUGACCCCAAACCCAAGCCAUCAAAAAAGAGAGCCACAGUGAGGUCCAGACGGCCCAAGAAGACAGCCGCUGCCUCAUCAGAACCUCCGUCUAAGCCUGUUGCUGAGCAACCCAAUUCUCCUAUGAAGCCUGCCUCUGAGCCUGAGUCACCACUCCCAGCAACACCCAUUCCAUUCCCUGCCGAGCCUGCUUCACCAGCCCACGAGUCCGCUCCACCAGCCCACGAGUCCGCUCCACCAGCCCAUGAGCCCGCUCCACCAGCCCACGAGCCCGCUCCACCAGCCCACGAGCCCACUCCAGCCCACGAACCCACGGCAUGCCACAAGCCCUUCCAGCCCCCCCUGAAUCUCCCAAAAAAAAAUUUUGCCCGCCCACGGCCCCUGACCCGCCACGGAGACUCUUGACCCGCCAUGACGGCCCGAACUCCUAGACCCACCCUGGAGACCUCCGCACCCAUCUGCACCUCCCCUCACACUUGCGUGGAGGUCUCCAGGGCACCCACCCCCUGCCCCUGCCCCAGUGUUACAGCACGAGGAUGUGCCUACUGGGGAGGGGGAGGUAAUGUCUCAGUCACGCCUUCCCGGACUCAGUUUCCCAGAAUCCUCCCUGCUCCAUCACCUGAUUGCACAUCCCUCGUCAGCUUUCCCACCAUCCCUGGAUUCCCUGCACCUGUGUGUUGCCUUGCACUCCUUGU